CCCCAGGUUCCUAAUGUGAGAGAGUAGACCCAGAUCAUGGAGGUGCUUCAGUGUGAUGGCUGUGACUUCAGAGCCCCAUCUUAUGAAGAUCUCAAGGCACACAUUCAGGAUGUCCACACAGCGUUUCUGCAGCCAACUGAUGUCGCUGAAGACAAUGCUGAUGAGCCACGAUCCGGGUCCAUGAAUGCCAGUAAUCAGACAGAGGUGGAGUUUUCUUCUAUAAAGGAUGAAUUUGCGAUUGCAGAAGAUUUAUCAGGUCAAAAUGCAACUGCACUGGGGACUGGAAGUUACUAUGGCCACAGUCCAGGAUAUUACAGUCAGCAUAUUGUCCCGAAUCCCAGACCAACAAACAAGUUUUUUCAGUGCAAGUUCUGUGUACGCUACUUCAGGUCAAAAAACCUCCUCAUUGAACACACCAGGAAGGUCCACGGAGCUCAAGCUGAAGGGAGUUCGGCGGGACUCCCUGUUCCAGGAUCCUUAAAUUACAAUAUCAUGAUGCAUGAGGGAUUUGGAAAGGUCUUCUCUUGCCAGUUUUGCACAUACAAGUCACCAAGGAGGGCAAGAAUAAUCAAGCAUCAGAAGAUGUAUCACAAAAGCAAUUUGAAGGAGACCACUGCUUCCCUCCCCACCCCUGCUCCGAUGCCAGACCCCAUGGUCCCACCCGUGUCCCUGCAGGAUCCCUGCAAGGAAUUGCCUGCAGAGGUCGUGGAGCGCAGCAUCUUAGAAUCCAUGGUCAAGCCUUUGACCAAAUCUCGAGGUAACUUCUGCUGUGAGUGGUGCAGCUACCAGACCCCUCGCCGCGAACGCUGGUGUGAUCACAUGAUGAAGAAACACCGCAGCAUGGUCAAGAUCCUCUCUAGUCUCAGACAGCAACAAGAAGGGACUAAUCUGCCUGAUGUGCAGAACAAAAGUGCUCCCAGCCCCACUUCCAAUUCCACCUAUCUGUCCAUGAAUACUGCAAGCCGGGAGAUCCCCAGUACCAACGUCUCCAACUACCGGGGCUCCAUCAGUAACUCCAUCAUGAGACCCAAUGCUUCUUCCACUUCCAAGUUUUCGCCCAUGUCUUACCCCCAGAUGAAGCCGAAGUCACCUCACAAUUCCAGCCUAGUGAACUUGGCAGAGAGAUCCCGUUACGGAAUAGCUGACAUGACCAAUUCUUCUGCUGACCUGGAAACUAACAGCAUGCUGAAUGACUCUAGUUCUGAUGAAGAGUUAAAUGAAAUAGACAGUGAGAAUGGUUUAAAUGCUAUGGAUCACCAGGUAUCAGGCAUGUCUGCUGAACAGCUGAUGGGCUCAGAUGGCAACAAAUUAUUGGAGACCAAGGGAAUUCCAUUUAGGAGAUUCAUGAAUAGGUUCCAGUGCCCCUUUUGUCCUUUCCUCACCAUGCAUCGGCGUAGCAUCUCCCGUCACAUAGAGAACAUCCACUUAUCUGGAAAGACAGCUGUCUACAAAUGUGACGAAUGUCCAUUUACUUGCAAGAGCUCAUUAAAACUUGGGGCUCACAAACAGUGUCACACGGGUACAAUGUCAGAUUGGGAUGCUGUGAAUUCCCAGAGCGAAGGCAUUUCUUCCUCACUGAGUGAAGGCGUAGUGGCCUAUGAGAGCUCGAGCAUCAAUGGCAGAAAGUCAGGAGUCAUGUUAGAUGCCUUGCAACAGCCGCCACCACCACCCCCUCCCCCACCCCCAUCACAGCCGCAGCCUGCACAUCAGGUGCCGCCCCAGCCCCCACCCCCACAGCCACAAAUGCACCCGUACAUUAAAUUCAGCUUUAGGUACAUCUUGGACCCCAAUGAUCACAGUGCGGUGUACAGGUGCCUGGAAUGCUACAUCGAUUAUACCAACUUCGAAGAUCUGCAGCAGCAUUACGGCGAACACCAUCCAGAAGCCAUGAACGUGCUCAACUUUGACCACUCGGACCUGAUCUACCGGUGUCGGUUUUGUUCCUACACUAGCCCGAAUGUGAGAAGCCUGAUGCCACAUUACCAAAGAAUGCAUCCCACGGUUAAGAUUAACAAUGCGAUGAUAUUUUCAAGCUAUGUCGUGGAGCAGCAAGAGGGGCUGAGUACGGAAUCGCAGACUCUGCGCGAGAUUCUGAAUUCGGCUCCCAAAAACAUGGCAACUUCCACUCCUGUGUCUCGUGGUGGUGGUAUGCCGGCUACAUUUAAUAAAAACACUCCUUCAAAGACCUUUUCUCCAGAAUGUGAAAAUCAGAAGGACCCCUCGGUUAACACCGUUGUCGUUUACGAUUGUGAUGUUUGCUCAUUCGCCAGCCCCAACAUGCAUUCUGUCUUGGUUCAUUAUCAGAAGAAACACCCUGAAGAAAAGGCUUCCUACUUUAGGAUCCAGAAAACCAUGCGAAUGGUGUCUGUGGACAGGGGCUCUGCCCUUUCUCAAUUAUCAUUUGAGGUGGGUGCUCCAAUGUCUCCCAAAAUGUCCAACAUGGGUUCCCCACCCCCCCCACAACCCCCGCCACCAGACCUCAGUACUGAGCUUUACUACUGCAAACACUGUUCCUACAGCAAUCGGUCAGUUGUGGGAGUGCUUGUCCACUACCAGAAAAGACACCCAGAAAUAAAGGUUACUGCCAAAUAUAUCAGACAGGCUCCUCCCACAGCUGCAGUGAUGAGAGGGGCUGAGGGGCCCCAAGGCUCCCCUCGGCCACCUGCCCCCAUGCAGCUGAACCGAAGCAGCUCUGAGCGAGAUGGCCCCCCUGUGGAGAACGAGAUGUUCUUUUGCCAGCACUGUGAUUAUGGGAACCGGACGGUCAAAGGUGUCCUCAUUCAUUAUCAGAAGAAGCACCGAGACUUCAAGGCCAAUGCGGAUGUGAUCCGGCAACACACGGCCACCAUUCGAAGCCUCUGUGAUCGGAACCAGAGGAAGCCUGCCAGUUGUGUGCUUGUCCCUGCCUCAAAUGUGGAGCGGGACAAAACGAAACUCCGAGCACUCAAAUGUAGGCAGUGCUCCUAUACCUCCCCCUACUUUUAUGCACUGAGGAAGCAUAUCAAGAAAGACCACCCUGCCCUGAAGGCCACCGUCACAUCCAUCAUGCGGUGGGCGUUUCUAGAUGGCUUGAUAGAAGCUGGCUACCACUGUGAGUGGUGCAUCUAUUCGCACACAGAGCCCACUGGCUUGCUCCUUCAUUACCAGAGGAGGCACCCGGAGCAUUACGUCGACUAUACUUACAUGGCUACUAAACUCUGGGCUGGGCCAGACCCAUCCCCUCCCUCUCUCACGAUGCCAGCUGAAGCCAAAACAUACAGAUGCAGAGACUGUGUUUUUGAAGCUCUCUCCAUCUGGGACAUCACCAAUCACUACCAAGCAUUCCACCCCUGGGCCAUGAAUGGUGACGAGUCGGUGCUGCUGGACAUAAUUAAGGAGAAAGAUGCUGUGGAGAACCCCCUUCCUCCAACCGAAGAGUUGGUGGGCCCCAUGAGUUGUGAAAACACUAUGCCCCCUCCACUCCCCGAGCAGGAAGCUGAAUGCCCAGAGGAUGCAAGCCUUUCCCCAGAGAAGAGCAUCCAACUAGCUUCCGCCAACCCCGCCAUAUCCUCCACCCCGUACCAGUGCACCGUGUGCCAGUCAGAGUAUAACAACUUGCACGGCCUUCUCACCCAUUAUGGGAAGAAGCACCCUGGCAUGAAAGUGAAGGCCGCCGACUUUGCCCAGGACAUUGACAUUAACCCUGGCGCUGUCUACAAGUGCAGGCACUGCCCAUACAUCAACACCCGCAUCCACGGCGUCCUGACCCACUACCAGAAGCGACACCCGUCCAUCAAGGUGACCGCUGAGGACUUCGUGCAUGAUGUGGAGCAAUCUGCCGACAUAGCCCAGAAUGACGUGGAGGAGACAAGCAGGAUCUUCAAGCAAGGGUACGGUGCCUACCGCUGCAAACUGUGUCCGUACACUCAUGGCACUUUGGAGAAGCUCAAAAUCCACUAUGAGAAGUAUCACAACCAGCCUGAAUUUGAUGUCUUUUCCCAGUCGCCCCCGAAGCUGCCAGUGUCCAUUGAGCCCGAGAUAACCACUGAAGUGAGCCCCUCCCAAGUGUCCAUCACUGAGGAGGAGGUAGGAGAGGAGCCCGUGUCCACUUCUCACUUCUCUACCUCGCACCUGGUCUCCCACACUGUGUUCCGGUGCCAGCUCUGCAAGUACUUCUGCUCCACCAGGAAGGGGAUUGCCAGGCACUAUCGCAUCAAACACAACAAUGUCCGAGCACAACCAGAGGGCAAGAACAACUUGUUCAAGUGCGCUCUGUGUGCCUACACCAACCCCAUCCGCAAAGGGCUGGCAGCCCACUACCAGAAGCGCCAUGACAUUGACGCAUACUACACGCACUGCCUGGCAGCCUCCAGGACCAUCAGCGACAAGCCCAACAAGGUGAUCAUCCCGUCCCCGCCCAAGGAUGACUCCCCGCAGCUCAGCGAGGAGCUCCGGCGCGCAGUGGAGAAGAAAAAGUGCUCCCUUUGCUCCUUCCAGUCCUUCAGCAAGAAGGGCAUUGUGUCCCAUUACAUGAAGCGCCACCCGGGAGUGUUCCCAAAGAAGCAGCACGCCAGCAAGCUGGGGGGUUACUUCACCGCCGUCUAUGCCGACGAGCACGAGAGGCCUAUGCUGAUGGAAGAGGAGGAGAGAAGCAGCUUUGAGAAAGCCGAGGUGGAGGGAAACGAAGUGCAGGAAAUCGAGUGGCUCCCAUUCCGCUGCAUCAAAUGCUUCAAGCUCUCCUUCAGCACAGCAGAGCUGCUGUGCAUGCAUUACACUGACCACCACAGCCGGGACCUGAAGAGGGACUUCGUCAUUCUGGGCAACGGCUCCCGCUGGCAGAACUCCGCCUACCAGUGUAAGCACUGUGAUAGCAAACUGCAAAGCACAGCAGAGCUGACCUCACACUUGAACAUUCACAAUGAGGAAUUCCAGAAGCGUGCCAAACGCCAGGAGAGGAGGAAACAGCUUUUGAGCAAGCAGAAAUAUGCAGAUGGUGCAUUUGCAGAUUUCAAACAAGAGAGGCCUUUUGGUCACUUAGAAGAGGUGCCAAAGAUCAAGGAGAGGAAGGUGGUGGGCUACAAAUGUAAAUUCUGUGUGGAAGUGCACCCAACGCUGCGAGCCAUCUGCAAUCACCUCCGGAAGCAUGUCCAGUAUGGCAGUGUCCCCGCCGUGUCAGCCGCUGUGAAGGGGCUGCGUUCUCAUGAGAGGAGCCAUCUGGCCCUGGCCAUGUUCACCCGUGAGGACAAGUACAGCUGCCAGUAUUGCUCCUUUGUUUCUGCUUUCAGACACAACUUGGAUCGCCAUAUGCAAACCCACCACGGACACCAUAAACCAUUCCGAUGCAAACUCUGCUCCUUCAAGUCCUCAUAUAACAGCCGGCUGAAAACGCAUAUACUCAAAGCUCAUGCUGGUGAACAUGCCUACAAGUGUUCUUGGUGCUCAUUUUCCACCAUGACAAUCAGCCAGUUGAAGGAACACUCCCUCAAGGUCCAUGGAAAAGCCCUGACCCUCCCCAGGCCACGAAUUGUCAGCCUUCUCUCCUCGCAUGCCCACCACUCCUCCCAAAAAGCUACCCCGGCGGAGGAAGUGGAAGACUCUAAUGACUCAUCCUACUCAGAACCUCCAGAUGUUCAGCAGCAGUUGAACCACUAUCAGUCUGCUGCCCUGGCAAGGAACAACAGCCGUGUUAGCCCUGUGCCUCUCUCGGGGACCACUGGGAGCGCUGAGCAGAAAACCGAGGCUGUUCUUCACUGCGAAUUCUGUGAAUUCUCCUCUGGCUACAUCCAGAGCAUCAGACGCCAUUACAGGGACAAGCAUGGCGGGAAGAAGCUCUUCAAGUGCAAAGACUGCUCCUUUUAUACAGGCUUUAAAUCUGCUUUUACUAUGCACGUGGAAGCCGGGCACUCAGCAGUUCCUGAGGAGGGUCCCAAAGAUCUUCGCUGUCCUCUCUGCCUCUAUCACACCAAAUACAAACGCAACAUGAUUGACCACAUCGUGCUGCACCGAGAAGAGCGAGUUGUCCCCAUUGAAGUGUGCCGUUCCAAACUGUCAAAAUACUUGCAGGGAAUAGUUUUCCGCUGUGAUAAAUGUACUUUCACCUGCUCCAGUGAUGAGAGCCUCCAGCAACACAUAGAAAAGCACAAUGAACUGAAACCUUACAAAUGCCAGCUCUGCUACUUUGAGACCAAGCACACGGAGGAACUGGACAGCCACCUUCGGGACGAGCAUAAGGUGAGCCGUAACUUUGAGCUGGUUGGACGGGUUAACUUGGAUCAGCUGGAACAGAUGAAGGAGAAGAUGGAAAGCUCCAGCAGCGAUGACGAGGACAAGGAAGAAGAAAUGAGCAGCAAAGCUGAUGGCAGAGACCUGAUGAGAUUUUCUGACUGUGGGGCCGCUAUUAACACAGAGAAGCGAUUUCCAUGUGAAUUCUGCGGACGGGCAUUUUCACAGGGUUCUGAGUGGGAAAGGCAUGUGCUGAGACACGGCAUGGCAUUGAAUGACACCAAGCAGGUGAGCAGAGAAGAAAUCCACCUGAAAGACAAUGUGGACAGUAUUAAGAUGCCCUCUAUAGAAGAAAAGGAAGAUGACGAGGCAGUCGGCAUAGACUUUUCCCUAAAGAAUGAAACGGUAGCCAUCUGCGUAGUAGCUGCUGACAAAUCUCUCCUGGAGAAUGCAGAGGCCAAAAACGAAUAAGCGUUUGGUGAAAUCCUUAAUCAAACCUUACUUGAACCGUGAUGAAAAAGUGGGAGGGCCAGCUUGGGCUGAGAAGGGGUGGGGGGACAGAAAAGAGAAGACAGAACAAAGCUGCUUUUUAGGACUGAACAAUCUAUUUUCAAAGCACUGGUACCUGUGUGAGUGAGUAUGUAAAUUAAAGUUAUUUAAAUGGUUGGAAUAUGUGGCUCCUUUUCCAUCACUCCAUCUUUUCUUCCGGAUCUUCAUCAUGGAAGUAUCAUUUGUUGCAGAACACGGAAGCACCUCCCGUGCCCACAGUGUGCUCGGUGGGGGUCUCGGACAGUAUAUGGAAACAGAAGCUCCAUGACAGUAGAAGACUUCUCUUAGGGGAACAACUUUUUGACGCACAACUUUUGGUGCGUUUUUCUAGUUUUAAUACCUUCAGCUUUUUCAAGACCUAACUGCAGCCGCUUUGGGAAAAAAAACAAAAAACCAACAAAAAACAGAAAACAAAAAACUGCUUUGCAUAAAAACAGUCACCUGUUUCCUAGUACCUCAAACUUAACCAAGGGAAUUCUCUGCAUUUGUCAGUACUACCUGUGGUCUUUGUGGUUAAAUGUAGAGAGAACUGCUGGGCAAGAUGGUGAAUGGAGAAAAAAAAAGUUUUAAAGAAAGGAACACAAAUUGUGCUUAAAAUCCCCACGUGGGUUUUAUUUCUUAAAAUACUGUGAUUUUUUUAAUUAUUUUAGUAAAAAACAAAACAAAAAAAAGAAACAGACUUUAAUUAUUAGAUAACUGUUUGUGAAUUGUCAUCCUUUAUUCCAGGUAAGCUGUUUAUUAGUGUUCAACUAUAAUUUAGAAUCUGGUAGAUUGAUGUGGGCUAAUUUUAAGGUGACUGUGGAGUUUUUGUUUGCCACAUUUAUUUUCUAUCAGUUUGAGUGUUACAAACACAGCACAAUUCAGUUUUUCAUAUGAAUUGUUUUUUGGUGUGUGUGUGCAUGUUAUUGUUUUAAUUUGGGGGCAAGGGAGAUUUAGUUUUUUGUGAAUAGGAAUGUUUUUAUUUUAAACAUGGAAAUAACAAAGAAGUUAACUUUUUUUUAAUUUAACUAAAGAACCAAACUUUUCGGCACAGCUAUGCAGCUUGUGGGCCAGAUGAGGAAGUCCUCUUCACCCUUUUGUUGCUUGUCAAAUUAACAUAUUAUCUGUCUCACACAAAUAAUUUCUGUUAGGAUGGGCUGGCUUUUGUGUGUGAUUUUAAAAUCUGUGUUCUGUUUUUGUUUGCAUUGUGUUCUAGGGGGUUUCUCAUUUAUUUUGCAGGCAGGGGGAUGUGCUAGAAUCCCAUCCCUUUGGUGAGAGUGGACAAGAAAUACUUAUAUUUUACAAGGAGCCUGGAGAACUUUUUUUUUUUAAUCUAGCUGCCAGCUGCUUGGUUUCCCCAUAUUAGUUUUUUCAGGAGGGAGCAGCUUAGACUAAAUCUAAGUCUACAUUUAUAAUAUGUUCUGAUUGAACAAAGGGUUUCAUUCCAAAAAGUAGAAAAAACUUUCCUUGAAGCCUAGGUUUUAGCAGCCUGUGUGCACGCGUGCUUGGAUGUGUGUUUGCUUGUGCGCAUGUGCGUGUGUGUGAAUUCUUUGGUUUUCAUGUUUUGUUUUUUUUACUUGGAAGGGUUGCGGGAGGGGGAGGGAAGUAAGGGAAGGGGGAUUGCUGAGAUGACAGUGUCCCACACAGCUUCAAAUAAAAUCCAUGGAAAGAUACUGCAUUUGUGGAAUAAGUGCUUACUUGAAAAGCGUGUUCUUCUUUUAUUUUCUUGCUGUUGAGAAUUUUUAUUUGUAGGGCAUUUGUUUUAAUUUAAUUUCUUUUUUUUUAGGGAUGGGGGCCAUCAUGUGGAAACCAGAAAAUGGGGAAAGUGUGAACUAUCUAAAGAUUCGUUCUGUGUCCAUAUUUGUUUUUAAUUGGCCUCAUUUCAGAUGUAUUAAACAGUUCCAUACCUGGAUUGGGUGUGUGUAAUGGUUACCAAAAAACAAACAAAAAAAAAUUGAAAAAAAAAAAAAGAAAGAAAAAGGAAAAAAGAAAAUAAUUGUGACAUGCUUUUAUCACUACUUUAUUUUUCAAUAACAUGUAAAUAUUGUAAUCCAUUGGAUUUUGUUUUGCUAACCUGUUAAUAAAAAUAUGGGACCAUUAUCCUUUUAACAAGGCUAGAAUGUCAUUUUUUUCUUUUUUCAAACAUACCGCAUAUUUUGUGGCCGCACAUUUUGGAUGCAUUAUUAUAAUUCUGUUGACUGUAAUUACAUAGAAUUUACAACUUUUUUUUUGUUUGUUUAAUUUAUACAGAGGACAUUUUUUUUUCAGAGCUUAAGAGAAGAAAAUAAAUAGCAAAAUGAUAACCUAUUGACUCCAAUAAUCAGUGUUUCCCAAUACUUGCUAGAAGAUAGGGAGAUCUGAGUUCUUGAAGCCAAGGGUUUAAAAAACAACAAAAAACACACAAGUAGGUUAUUCAAGUUGUUUGCAACAUACAUUUUGUAAUGAAAUGUGAGAAAUUAAUAAAGAAUUUUUUCCACAUGU